AUGAUCAUUCUUGUUUUUAUUGUUCUUCUUCUUGCCGGAAUCGAUCACGUGCUGGGACAAGGGAAAUGCUACAGUUGUGCGACGACAAAUCUGAAAAAUAAUUUUCUGACAACAGACCGGGGUCCUGGUCCACGAAUCGCUCAGCCAAAAGUCUUCGAUUCAUACUGUAGCUCGGAUACAUGGAUUUUAAAGGAAAGAGCUACUGUGAACUGUGAUGGGUAUUGCUUCAAAUGGACACAGACACUCAAUAAUUCGGGCACUUUCUCAUCGAUGACAUUCCGCGGUUGCUACAGACAAAUGUUUGAUCUCACCAAUCCGAAAGUUCCACGAGAGCCCACCCACAGUUUUUGCACGUUUUCAGAAAAGCCUGUCCCAUGCCUCUCCGACUCAUCAAUCACCGAGAGUGCUUGUUGGUGCCAAGGGGAUUACUGUAAUAACUCGAAUAUCCAAAAUUUAUCCUUUCUUCUAUUCACUUUACUCAUUUUUCUUCACGUGCUU